AUGUCCGAGACCCAAGACACAGCCGCAUCCCCCAACUUCGCCCUCCUCGAUAUUGACAUGCACACGCUCAUAACCCGAGACUUUACCUUCCCAGCCAGCAUCUCCGAGAAAGAGCAAGAAUUCAUCGCACACAUCCGCAAAGCUCUCCGUGACAUGAUCACAGCCAUCAACGAUCGGAACUUCUCCAACGAGGUUUUUGCUCGAAUCCUGGGACCCAAGUCACAAGAAAUUCUCGGAAGGGCCAAUAUUCGCGGCUUUGCGCAGGAUGAGCCUACUUUUUGGAUCAAGUUGGGAACUGUGAGUGUCGUGCCAGAUGUGAGGAAGAAUACAGCUCAGACGGUGUAUGCCAUGGAGCUGCAUGGUGUGCCGGAGCGUGUUACGAGACCGGCUGUGACGCAGCAGGAGUGGAAGAAGUCAGCGGCAGAUGGCCGCUCAGGAACUGCUCAGUGUGCCCAAGGCACCAAGCAUGCGGUAUCAACACCCAUUCCUGUUAGAGAGUCCAGUUAG